CUCUGAUGUGAAGGAGCCAUGGCUGCUGCUGAGAGCCCCGUGAAGGAUCUCUGCGAUGAAGCCACUUGCUCUAUCUGCCUGGAGUAUUUCACGGAUCCCGUGACCAUAGCAGAGUGCGGGCACAAUUUCUGCCGAUCCUGCCUGAGCCAGUGCUGGGAAGUGGGAGCCACACGGGCUUCCUGCCCUCAUUGCAGAGAAACCGUCCAGCAAAAGAAUCUCAUACCCAAUCGGCAGCUGGCUAAUUUUGUGGAAAUAACCAAGAAGCUGAGUCUUCGCGGGGAGAAGGAGAGAGUCUGUGAAAAACACCAGGAGCUUCUGAAGCUCUUCUGCAAAGACCACGAAACCCCCAUCUGUGUGGUGUGUGACAGAUCAAAGGAACAUGAACGGCACAGAGUGAUCCCUCUGGAGGAGGCUUUUGAGGAGUACAAGGGCUUGAUCUGUAGCCGCCUGAAGAAUCUGAGGAAAGAGAGAGAAGCUAUUCUGGCAUACCAAGCAGACAUGGAGGAGAAAAGCCAAUACCUCCUUAAAUUAACAGCAACUGAGAGGCAGAAGGCUGUGGAGAAGUUCAGACAACUGCACCAGUUUCUGGAGGAACAAGAAAAGCAACUACUGAACCAGAUUGAAGAGGCAGAGAAGGACAUUGCAAGGAAAAGGGAUGAGCACCUGGCCAGCCUCUCCGGAAAACUCUCCUCUCUUGAAAGGAUCAUUCAGGAGAUGGAAGAGGAGAGUCAGAAGCAAGCAAUUGAACUUCUGAAGGAAGUGAGAAGGACUUUGCAGAGGUAUGAGCAAAGAGAGAGAUUGGAGAAUUCAGCGGCUUUCCCUCGAGAGCUGAAGAGGGGGAUCUCAGAAUUUUGUGACAUAAAUCCACUUCUGGAGGGUGUCAUGAAGCAAUUCAAAGAUGCCCAGUUACUGAGACAGCAGCUUUGGAAAGCAAACAUCACUAUGGGUCAAAAAGCAGCAGCUCAUCCCUCCGAGGAUCGUAAACGUGUAAAAUGCGGACACAAAAGUCAAGACCUGUUGAACAAUCCUGAGAGACUCAACGCUCUCCAUUCUGCACUGCAAUCAAAUGUCACCCUGGAUCCAGACACAGCUAAUCGUAUUCUUGCCCUCUCCGAGGAUCGCAAAAGCGUGAGAUUGGGAGCCCCGCGUCAAGACCUGCCCGACAAUCCUGAGAGAUUCGACACAACUAUUUCUGUGCUGGGAAGGGAGGGACUUGCAGCAGGAAGACAUUUUUGGGAGGUCAUUGUAGAGAGAGAGGGAGAAUGGGCAGUGGGGGUUGCCAGGAAGUCAUUGAGGAGAAAGGGCUCUGUUUACUUAAGUCCCGAGGAAGGGAUUUGGUCGGUGGGGAGGUGGGGAGGAGAGUAUAAGGCCUUCGACCCCCCUGAUGUCCCUUUUCUCUUCCCAAGGAGGGAGCUCAAGAGGAUCCGAGUGUUUCUGAAUUAUGAAGCAGGGGAAGUUACUUUUCUCAAUGCUGAUUCAGGAGCUGAACUCUACACGUUCUCAGGAACCUCAUUCUCUGGAGAGACCCUCCUCCCUUUCUUCUAUCUGUGGGGAGAUAAAACCCACCUCAAAAUUGCCUGAGGAGAGAACUGAGCCACACACCCAGGCAAAGUUUAUUUCCAGACUGGAAUGGUUGCUCUAUAAAGCAAACACUUAUUAGCCGUUGAGGAAGGAUUCACUUCGGUCACAAUUAAACAGGUUUUGUUUUUUCAUUCCCUUUCCCAAAAUCCCCCACUGUCAUUUUGUUCUUAAGGAGACCAUUUACACUUCAACAGUCCCCUAAAAUCUAUUCUUUAAAGGGGUUCAAUUUUUGCCUCUCCACCUGCCCACAAGACCGCCACCAGCAAUUUAGAUACGGACAUUAUUAGACCACUGAAGUUGAUCACUACAAAAUAAUCCCUCCGACGUUAGCCGUGAAUGCUCAUUGCGUUGUAGACCUCAGACAGGAGGGAAAUAAAGAGUGGCAAGGCCCCAUCCUCAGCCCAUUUGGUGAACACAGUUUCUCCUGUCCACACUUAACAGAGGUACAUUUCCUUGAAUUCAGCAUAACUUCCUCCUAGCUAAUUGCACAUAAGAUUGCUGCAUUAAUGUUUACCAGUGAACUGGAUUAUCUUUAUCGUGAGUAGUCAAUUUAUUAUUAUUUUUUGUUAAAUUUAUACAUUGCUUGAUUGUACAAAAUAAGCAGUUUACAAAUGUCUGAUGUCUCUGGUCUCCUGCUCUCAUCAGCCCCAGCCAGCUUUGCCAGGGUUCAGGCAUGAUGGGAACUGCAGUCCAGCAUUUUCUUGAAGGAACCAUACUCCCUACAAUUCAGAAUUGAGACCUCUGUGGUAACCCCCCCCCCCAAGUUACGGGAUGCUCCCGAAAGAAGAACUUUUUGCCCCCAGGUGAACUUCCAGGUUCUCCUAGGUUUUUUAAUCAUACUAGUAGUUUAACACAUCCUUUUUUAAAAAGAUUUUUAUUGAAGUACGAGAAUUGUUACAUACAUUAUAUUCUCUCCUUCCAAUUUUUAAUUUACCGUACCAUUUUUCCUUUCCCUUCCCACCCCCUCCCAUAAUCCAUUAGAAGGGUUCAAACAGCCACGGGCACAAUGUCUUUAAUUUCCACUGAAUGUCUUCUGGUCCAGUAGUUGUUAUCCAUUGAAGAUAGGGGGUUCCAUCUGGUCCUUAUCACAGUAGACCUGGCCUUCCAUGUUAUUUCGUGUGACGUUGCUGCCACGAUGUCUGACUGAAUAAAUUCAAACAAAUUCAAACAAAUAAUUAGUCCAGACCUCUACUGUCCAUUUUUCUCUAUCUUUCCAACCUAAAGCUAUUGUUGCCUUUCCUGCUAGUAUCAUUGCUUUGAAGGUGUGUUGGUCACCUUUCUCUAUGGCCGUGUUUCCUAGUAUACUCAUUGUCAUAAGAUUGAAGUCUAUAGGUAGCUUCACUUUAAAAACUUCAUUAAUAACCUUAAGGAUUUUAUUCCAAAAUCCCCCUGCCUCUGGGCAUUCCCAAUACAUAUGGGAGAACCAUCCCUUGGCUUGUUCACAGUUAGGGUUCAAUCCUGGUAUCAUAUUAGCUAGCUGGGCUAUACCAUUUUAGAAAGAAUUUUAGUUCAAGCUCCCUAAAACACACAUCCUAAUUCUUAGAACUAUUUUGUGUUCCUUCAUCGCUGACCCGCUCAUGCCGCAGAAGGUUACACCGGAUGCUGAAGCUCUUCCCACUGACCAUUGGCCAAGCUUUCUGCAGUUAACAGGCAUUGUAAUCCAGAUGUAUCUGGAGGGCACCACGAGAACGCCUUCACUAGUUUUAAAUAGGAAAUAAUACCUCUUGCAAUACCUAGAUCAUCCACUAUUUCCCCCCCUCAUUGAUAAACACCAUUUCCACCAAGGGCUUUGUUUUCCUUUGCAACUUCCGGCAAGUAUUUGUACAAGAAUAUUGUGAAAUAUGACAUAGUUUUCCUAUCGAUAUUACAUGUAUUACAUGAAUAAACUCUAUUUUCCAAGGGGUGAUGUGCUUUAAAUGUGCAGUGUGUGUGCAGGCCUAGCCACAAUGCACACUAGCUGACAUUGUUCUUUCUUAG